AGUGAUUCAGGAUACUGGACGCCAUCGCCAACCACGACGCAGUGGUGGACACCGACGACGACCUCAUACUGGUCGACCUGGACACCUACCUCGACGUACACCACAUGGUACACGCAGCAAAACGUCAUCGUUACCGUCACUUCCUACAUCCCCUGCCCGAUAACGUCGACGGUGGUCUAUUGGGAAUGCUGCGACCAGUGCCAGAACAAUUGCUACUACCCUCCCACGACGUACGUACCAGGCGGCUGGGUGGGCACUACGACAGUGACUUCCUACACGACCACGACACCAGGACCUCAGCCUCUAUCGACGAUCACGAGCAACGGGUUGGUCAUAGUGAUGGUCAAUUCGGACGUUGUCACGCAGAGCCAGACGCCGAGUAUCGUGUACCAAGUGAGCAAUCAAGCAGCGGCGCCCACGCAGGAGGGCGUCUGGCCCAGUUUCUGGUCGAUGGGCAUGCUGUUGGCGGCGACCGCGACGAUCAUGAUCCUGUUAUAG